GGGUGCGCGGCGGGGCAGGGCUCACAAUGUCGAUGCUCCCGACUUUUGGCUUCACCCAAGAGCAAGUGGCUUGCGUCUGCGAGGUGCUCCAGCAAGGCGGCAACAUCGAGCGGCUGGGGCGGUUCCUCUGGUCCCUCCCUGCGUGCGAGCACCUCCACAAAAACGAGAGCGUCCUGAAGGCCAAGGCCGUGGUGGCCUUCCAUCGGGGCAACUUCCGAGAGCUCUACAAGAUCCUGGAGAGCCACCAGUUCUCGGCGCACAACCACCCCAAGCUGCAGCAGCUCUGGCUCAAGGCGCACUACAUCGAGGCGGAGAAGCUGCGGGGGCGACCCCUAGGGGCGGUGGGCAAGUACCGGGUGCGCCGCAAGUUCCCGCUGCCCCGCUCCAUCUGGGACGGCGAGGAGACCAGCUACUGCUUCAAGGAGAAGAGCCGCAGCGUCCUCCGCGAGUGGUACGCGCACAAUCCCUACCCGUCCCCCCGUGAGAAGCGGGAGCUGGCCGAGGCCACCGGCCUCACCACCACGCAGGUCAGCAACUGGUUCAAGAACCGCCGGCAGCGGGACCGAGCGGCCGAGGCCAAGGAAAGGUAUAGGGAAAACAACGAGAAUUCCAACUCCAACAGCCACAACCCGCUCUCGGCGUCAAUGAACGGGAAUAAGACAGUUUUGGGGAGCUCGGAGGACGAGAAGACGCCGUCAGGGACCCCGGACCACACCUCCUCCAGCCCCGCGUUGCUGCUCGGCUCCAACCCGGGGCUGCAGCCCCUGCACGGCCUGGGCCACCCGCAGGGCCCCAGCGCCAUCCCCGUGCCCAGCGCCGACCCCAUGCACCACCACAGCUUGCAGGACUCCAUCCUCAACCCCAUGUCAUCCAACCUGGUCGAUCUGGGCUCUUAAAACCGCGUACACGCUCCCUCCUUCGCACCUCCUUU